UCGCAUAACAAAAAAAGUUUUAAACCGAAUCGCAUGAAAUUUGGUGGGAUGAUUGGUUAUUAUCCGGGGAGCAUUUGAUUAGAUUUUGGGAUUGAUUGGGUCAAAGGUCAAGGUCAUGAAAAGGUCAACAUCUUCUUGAAUCGCAUGAAAUUUGGUGGGAUGAUUGGUUAUUAUCCGGGGAGCAUUUGAUUAGAUUUUGGGAUCGAUCGGGUCAAAGGUCAAGGUCAUGGAAAGGUCAACAUCUUCUUUUUACCAUAGCACGGUCAAUUUUUAUCCAAUUGGCAUGCAACUAAUGCCAAAAUGGUCAUAAUUCAAAGCCCAAUCUUGUGAUAUGCGAAGGUUUGCGCUCUACCGAGUGCCCGUUCUAGUUCUCAUUGUUUGAAUACUACAUUUUCAAAAAGUUUUCAUGUACACACCGAGAUUUCAGUUUGGUCAUGGAAAUUUGGUUUAAAGUCGUGGAAAAGUCCUGUAAUUCCAUUGGUCAACAUGUGUACGAACCCUGAAGUUGUGCUUCAGAGCACGGCGCUACCACCCAUCGCCUACUUAUUCCACUGCACAGUAGCCAGAGAUCCGUCCCCAUCGGGUCAAAGCUCAACUCGGACCUCCCCGUUAUUAUGUCAUUCGAUUCCACACAACCCUCCAUUGAUAUCCGAUCAAGUGUACGUUGUAGUUGGAUUUAACUGAGAGCGGCUUGACCUCCAAAGCUCCGCUUCUGCGGAUUAAUUCGGCGUUGUACACUUGGCCUCUCUUUACGGGGCCGUGUUUCUCACAUGCUCUAUAGGUGUGACAUGUUAACGCAUGGUGACGGGCUGUAACCGACAUGUACGCCACGGAGCAUACCACGUCAGCUCUUGUGUCCCGGGUGUGUGUGUUGCUGAUGGAAUAUUGCCGUUGUCGGUGUUGACUUCAUUUAUUUUUUGUGUACAUAAUGCUUAGCCCCACUUUUCCCUUCAUCCUGGCACACGGUCAUUUCUGGGUGCUGCCGUGUGUUAUUUUCAUAAUUUAGGAGCUAAAUGAUGUGCUAAUUGUGUGUCAUCUCCAACCUGUUUUCAUUGGUCAGAACUGACUGUCAACUGUAACUGACACUUCAUUAAUAUCACUCUUCAUUAGAGCCUGAAUAAUUGAAAGCCUAUUUAAAAUAUCACGGUGCACGGAUAGAUAAAUAAAAAGCAGCAGACUGGACUGGAUUUAGUCACGCAGCAGAAAGUGUUUUUCUUGAUUGAUUUUAUCUGCAUUAAAUUAACUCAAUCACACAAGUGAUAAGGAUGGAGCAGAAGGCUGAAACGUGGAGCCUCAGAGUGAAAGUAUAGGAGAGACACGACUGGUAGACGACAUGACACGAGCCUCUCACACUGGUCCGACUGGGAUUGUGUGUGAUGGCGAGUCGGUGUGUCGAACUCCUCCAGGUUUUAUUUUGAGAGAUGUCUUGUGUCUUGUGUCGUCAUCCUCUGGGUCAUCGUUGCAUAACUCAUCCACAGAAACAAACCCACGCUCUGUUUACUCCCUCUCCGCUAUCUGACUCUCCAGAGGCGCUCGCUCCCCUCACCGCAAUCGAGUCCAAUUAUUUUGGCCACAAAAAUAUUUUUUGUGUGUGCUUUGAUCCGACUGUCAGGCCGAACUCUGGCCGUUUUUCACGUGCUUUAAAAAACACGUUCGACAUAGUUGGUGACGGCCCCACCGUCUCCUACGUUCUCACUUUCUCUUGUUUAUUUAGGGCAUCGGUUGAUUAACCUGUUGUUGGAUUUAACAAACCACUGUUCCAGGAAAAGCUGGACUUUACUCGUGGAUGCACCACUCUCUCUCUCUCUCUCUCUCUCUCUCUCUCUCUCCCCGCUCCCCAGGGUUGACGGUCUAUCUUAGUGGACUUUAGCUGGAGGGCAGAUGGCGAGCGCCAGCACUGAUGUUUGUUUAUGAAUGUAAUCCGGUCUGCCUCCUUUUCCCCAGAAAUUGUCAACUUUUACUGGAAGGAAGAGAAUGCAGAAGAGAGAAGUGAUCAAAAACUCACUUUUACGAAAUGAUAAUCAAUCGAUACCAAAUUCAUUUUAUAUAUAUAUAUAUAUAUAUACAUAUUAUUUAUUUCCACACACACAUUUGUAUGUAUGUACAUGGAGAAUUCAUGACUUUUUAAAUUAGCUUCCAUGUCAUGAGACCUUGAAUAUCAGUUACUCUUACUCCAUAGAUAGACCAUGGAAUAUUCUCAUAGAUCAUUAAUACAUUUUUUUCCUCGACGUUCAUGUGACAUGUAGUCAUCAGUGACAUUUAUUCUUCGUGUACGUGAUCGCCCUGCCAGUCCUGAAAGAGAGGGAGCUAUUUAAAUGUUCUCUUGAUCACUUUGUCUUGGUUUGUUUGUCUUGGAGCAGAAAUAAUAAUCUGAUCAGAUCAGUUAUAGUCAUAAUUAACUUUAAUAUUUUUGGACUCCGGGCACACAAAUAAUCGUGUAGAGCUCAUUUUGUACAGCAGAUUUCACUCUUUUUCACCUGGACCCCAGUUUAUGGAUGUUGAUGAUCCACCAUUAAAUUCAGCCAGUUAUUACACACCGGUGUUAGAAGUGCACCGAUAACAAUAUCCCAACGACGAGAAAUAUUAUUUUUAUAAUAUAUAAUGGUAUUAUUUUCCUCUGUUAUCGUUAUUCUAUAUCCAUGGACACCUCUGUAAAGUUGCAUAUUUGGUGCAUCACCAGAAACGAGCCUUUGACCCCCCCCUCCCUCUCCGUGCCAGUGUGCCAGUCGUUGUUGGGAAGCCCUCACUCGUAUCUCAGCUGUAUAUUUAUCUCCGUGCUUCCACUCCGCCUGCAUUCCCUGCAGCCUAAUGCGGUCUGAGGGAGAGAGAGAGAGAGAGAGGGCACAGAGGGCGAGGGAAGAUGGUGGGAAAAGGUUGGACAAAAGGGAAUCAAACAAGUAUUUCCCAUAAAAUAGGUUUUGGUCUGUGCAUGUGGAGAAACCACAAAGUAGAGGACUGAAUAGAGGGAACCGGAUGAUCUGGGCCUUUAGGUCGACACAUUCCUAAACGAAGCGGGAGUGUAAACGCCAUACAACGUGCAUGUUUGCUCUGGUAAUUUGCAAAUGUAUGUGGCGGAACAAAAAAGUACAACAUAAAAGUACUUCAAAGCCAAUCCUGAUGUGCUCCAAUAUGUUUAUUUGUAGUAUUUUAUCAAUUGUGCACAUCAAAAGACUAUUGUGUGUUACUCUUUGUGUCCACACACACACACCGGAGUGUUUAAAAUACAACCACAAAGCACCGCCCACAUCUCUGCCCUUUCUUUCGUUAUUGUUUCCUCUAUACCGUAAAGUGUUUUCUCCAUCACAGGCUGGUUUCUGGAAACAGGUGUAUGUGUGUGUGUGUGUGGGGGGGGGGGGGGUUCUGUGUUUUGAAGUGGCUGCCAGCUACCACUCGGCUGUGAACUCCCCUCUGUGAGCGGUCACCCGAUCUCUGAUACGCCUUCAAACAUGCAGCAGAUUAGAUUACCACUAUGCUCUCACGAGCCGCCUCCCCUGUCCUUGCCUUUUCAGAAAUGCCCCAGCGUAACAUGGAGAGCACCAGGGGCCAGUGGCAGCAGGGGCCGCGGCCGCCGUGGCUCCCCAGACUGGCCGGAGUUCAGAGCCCCGCCUUCUCGGGGGCGGAGUCGGAUAUAGAGAGCAGCAGCACGGAGUGUGAGCGGUCCUUCAUUAAGAAGCUGGAGACGGGCUCACUGAGGGUCCUUCCGUCGCCCUCACUCCUCCAGAAGCGAAUCGCAGAGAUCGACCAACAUAAAGAGGAGCUAAAGAUCGAACUGCAGCUGGAGAUCGCCCUGCUGCAGGGAGAGCUGCAGACGGAGCAGACGCAGCUGCACAGACACACCCAGAAGCUGCAGGCUCUACAGCAGCAGCAGCCCGGCAAGAAGGAGACGCACAGACACACCAACAGAGUGAAGGAGCGAGAGAGUCUGGAGGAGGAAAGACGGAGGUUGGAGGCACUGAAGGGGCGGUGUGAGGAGAAGGAGCAACUGAUCCCAAGUCAGCCAGAGAGCCAGAGAGAAGGGCUAACACUGCAGCUGCAGCAGUUCUGGAUGCAGGAGAAAGAGGCGAUGGAAGCGACGUGCCGGGCCUUUGAAGACUGGGAGUUUCGUGUUCUGGAGCUAGAGAGCGGCAUCGAUGAGGAGGAUGCGAGCGCGGCGGACGAAGAGCAGGAGAGGCCGAGUGAUGGGCACACGGAAAAGGAAAUCUCUCGUCAGGAGCAUGCGAUCAAGACCGCGCAGGAGCGAGUGCAGCAGUUUCAGAGCCAGCUGAAGGAGAUGGAGAGGGAGAAGGAGAGGGAGUUGAACGCCUUGAGGAAGGAGAGGAGAGACCUCACCCACACGGUUCUCAAAGAGAAGAAGCCGCUCACUGAUUGGUCCAACAUCACCGGCUCAGCCCCCUGCAUGAUGUCAUUUUCCCCUCUGAGCGUUCACAAGCCUCCUCAGGACCCGGGCAAAGAAUCAGUCGGCUUGCCCAGAAGACGCAGCUCGCAUCGCAGCAGACUCAGCGACCGGCCGCUGUCGGCUCAAGGGCUGGUGAGGACACUUUCAGACAGCCAGUCCCCCGAGGCUUUCACCUCCCCCCACCCCUCCCGUCGGCUCAGCAACGGCCACAUCGUCCACAGGCAUGGCAACGGCAACGGCGGCGUGUUCCUCAGCCCGUGCGACAGCGCAACGAGCUCCCGCGCCACCAGCCCGUCUCUAUAUGAUCUCGUGGAGAUCGAGAAGAAACUGAGGGAAGCCAAGGCGGAGAGAGAGAGGCUGCUCCGAGAGAGGGAAGAGCGCCGGUGGAGUUUGUUGGAGGAGAGAAGGCAGAAAGAGUUAAACUCUUCCCAAACCGAAGAAGAGCAGCAAGACAGCCCACGCAGUUCAAAACCAGAACCAGAGCCAGAACCAGAACCAGAAUCGAAGGCCAGUUCUCCCCCAAACUCCCCAGAGCAGGCCCUCCAGCAGCACAGCCUGCCCCUCUUCCUCUCUCCCAACUUCGACCUCCGGGCCCACGUGGAGUCUCUGGGUCACGGAGUGACCGGCUGCAUGGACCUGCGGCUGACGCCUCGGCGCUGCGCCGGCUUCCUGACCAAAAGAGGGGGGCGGGUCAAGACCUGGAAGAAGAGAUGGUUCCUGUUCGACAUGGACCACAAACGACUCGCCUACUAUACAGAUUAUGACGAGAGGAAGCUGAAGGGAGUCAUCUACUUCCAGGCCAUAGAGGAAGUUUACCUGGACCAUCUACGAACCGCCGCCUCCUCUUCGCGGCCCAGCCUGACGUUCUGCGUGAAGACGUACGACCGUCUCUUCUUUCUGGUGGCGACCAAUCCGGUGUCCAUGCGGAUUUGGAUGGACGUCAUCGUCACGGCAACAGACGAGCACAGCCGUUAUUGACCUCUUGCAGUAGUGACAGCGAAAAAUACCAGCGAAGCCGCUGCAUGCAGUGAGCCAUCUCACCCAGCAUGGGGGGGCGGUUUUGGGCUGAGGUCCACCUCGGAGAGCUGCUUCUGCUCCCGCACUGACGGAUCUGUGGACGUGUGAGAGAGACGAGGAGGUGCAGUGGUUCUGGAUGCCAGACAGAAGUGCUUGAAAAACACAGCAGAGGAAAUUGUUACUUGACGCUUGAGUGGCAGCAGAGGUUCACACACUGAACCAAAAGCAGCUGGACACGUGGGAAGUCAGUUACUGGGAGGCUUCGGGCCUUGAGCCCUACCUCCCCCUGCUGGUCACAGUGCAGCAUCACAGGACGAGUGGACACUACGACGCUACAACAGGGAGUGGACACAAUAAUAGCAACACUGUACAAUAUAGUGCAAUCCAAUAAAACAACCCAGCAAUAAAACAUCAUAUUAGACAAACAAAGAGGUCUUGUUUUUUUUAAUGUUUUUUUUAUUUCUUAUUAUUUUCUGUUGGAUUGUUUUAUAUUGCCAGGUGUUUUUCUAAAUGACAUUUUCAUGACGUAAGUUAUUAUUUGGAAUUUGUUAUGGGUUUGAUAUGCAAGUAAAUGAAGGCGUACACUGUUAUGAAUGCACUAUUAAAUGUUUAUGUUUUCCCAUCA